UGUGUGAUGUUUGGAUGUUGAGUUCAUGUGCCAGAAAAAUCACCAAUAAAUUGUACGAUUAUGCAGUGGAAAAAAAGAUUAAAAUAGAUGAGAGUAGCUCCUUCAUUUGUCAACGAUGCUACCACAAACUAUAUGAACCCAAUGAUGCCGUGACCGAAGAAGCCGUUGCAGGACCAUCCAGAAUCGCUGCUGCAGGUACGUUAUUUGAAAAUUCAUGUGAUUCUUCUUUAAAUUUCAAUUCUUUUCUUCUAACUACUAACUUAAACUCUUCUUUUUUGCAAUCAUUUUUCAGAGUCCAUCGAAGCAACCAGCAUUGAAUCAAUUUCCGUUGCGGGACCGUCCAGAAUGGUUCCUUUUCCCUGCCAAGAAUCAGUGGAAACAACCAGUUCUGAAUCGAUCGUUACCACCUACAACGCACCUUUGUCGGACGAAAAUGAAUUCCUUAUACAACUUAAGGAUAAAUAUAAAGAAACAAGAGACAGCAAUGAGCGAUACAGGAUUUUAACCACACUUCCCAAAAGUUGGUCUACAUAUAGAAUUAUGAAGGAGUUCAAUGUUUCCCAACAUAUGGCCAACCAAGCAAAAGCACUGCAGCAAGAGAAAGGAAUAAUGUCGGUGCCUGUAAAGAGGUUAAGCAGAGCUUCAUUAGCAGAACCAACGAUAAUGCUUGUUCGUGAUUUUUACAAUAGUGACGAUAUAAGUCGUGUUUGUCCGGGGAAAAGAGAUUAUUUAAUAUCUAAAAAUGAUGAAGGCGAAAUCUACGUACAAAGAAGAUUAGUUUUGUGUAACUUGCAGGAGGCGUACUCCAUCUUUAAAAAUACAUAUCCUGAUAUUAAAAUAGGAUUUUCCAUGUUCGCCAGUAACCGUCCGAAACACUGCAUUUUGGCAGGGACAAGUGGCACGCAUACCGUAUGCGUUUGUAUAUAUCAUCAGAACGUUAAACUUAUUUUUAAAACACUACAAAGCAGACAAUCACUCCCAGAUGGUGUUGAUUCCUAUCACGAUUUGUUUAAAAAAAUAAUUUGUCAAAAUCCAAGUGAACAAUGCUGGCUGCAGUGUUGCAAAAAUUGUUCAGGAACGCAAAUUUUGGCCACAGAACUAAUGACUAUUCUUAGUAACGGACAUGUUGAAUCAAUACAAUUCAAACAAUGGCGUCAAGUAGAGAGAUGCAUUAUGGACUUAGUUGAAAUGGAUACACAGGAAAUUAUUGAUACUUUUUUAGAAAAAUUAUUCAAUUUAUUGCCGCAUAACUUUAUAGCUGAGCAACAGGCAAAUUACAUGAAACACGUCAAAAGCAAUUUGAAAGCUCCAGAAUGCAUCAUAAUCUGUGAUUUUUCGGAGAAU